AUGGUAGCCGCUGCACCUUCAGGCAAACAGCCUUUGCCAGACAUGAUGACUUCGAUCAGAAUUGAUAAAUCUGGUCAAGUUGAAAUCGUUGAUCAAUUACUACUUCCUCACUCGGUCGCUUGGAUCCCUAUUUCCACUCCUGAAGAAGCGUUUGAUGCGAUCAAAUCAAUGAAAAUCCGAGGUGCACCUGCCAUAGCUUCACUUGCGGCUUUAUCCCUAAAAUCAUAUCUAUCAUCUUCGUCCAGACCCUCUUUCGCUUCAGGGGAAGAAGCAGUGGAAUGGGUAUCGAAGACAUGUGAUUAUCUACAAUCAUCAAGGCCUACCGCUGUCAAUCUCGGUGAAGCAAUGGAUCGAAUUAGAAGUACAUUGAAACAAUCAACUGGAGCUGACCCAGAAAAUGUUGUGGAGAAAGUAAAGAAAGUAUGUGAGGAUGUGCAUGAAGAAGAUUUGGAAAGGAAUAUGGAGAUGGGUAGAUUAGGUGCUGAGUGGUUAUAUAAGAAAAGAGCUGGAAAUGGUAAAAAAUCAUUGAAAGUCGUCACCGUUUGUAAUACAGGUAGUUUAGCUACUUCUGGUUACGGUACUGCCAUCGGAGUCAUAACAGCUUUAUUCGAAAAUGAUCAAUUGGACACUGCAUAUUACGCACAGACAACACCAUAUCAUCAAGGAUCAAGAUUAACAAGUUUGGAAUUAACCACUCUGCAAAUACCCGCUUGCAUGAUUUGUGAUACAAUGCUCGGUUCAUUAUUCCAACAUGAAGAUAUCGACGGUGUGAUCGUUGGUGCUGACCGAGUCGUUAAAAAUGGUGAUACAGCUAAUAAAAUCGGUACAUACCAAGCGGCAGUCUUAGCUCAAAGACAUAGUAUACCUUUUAUGGUUGUAGCUCCAGUGACGACCAUUGAUCUUUCACUAUCUACAGGAGCAGACAUUCACAUCGAACACCGACCGUCUGUCGAAGCCACACAAGUAAGAGGAUUGAACGUUGAAACUGGAAAACUCAGUGUAGUCAGAAUAACACCUGAAGGUGUUGGACAAGGUGAUAAACCUUGGCAAAGAGUUUACAAUCCUUCAUUUGAUGUUACACCAGCUGAACUCAUCAGUUGCGUUGUCACUGAAAAAGGAGUCGCGGAGAGAAAACAAGGCGAGAAGAGUAUUGACGUCUCUUCAGUCUGCUAG